CACAUACACACGAGCGAGCGAGCGAGCCUCACCCAGUUAUGGCGCAGCAGCAUUUCACAGCACAGUGCUCGCCUUUGUCUGCAAAGAAGCCAUUUUGAGACAGAGAACAGCAGAGAAACCAUUGAACAAGUGUAGCCACAUCACCUAAAGGUGUCUUCGUCAAAGGGAAGCAGUGAAAUAUGCAAGAUUCCUCCCUAUAAGACUCAUUUUUUUUGCUCGUUUAAGACUUGGAUUACAUGUUUUUGAAUACUAACUGUAAGUUUACAACAUCAAUCAAAAUAUGUAUAAAAAUAUUGGUUACAUUUUUUUCUUUUUUCAACAAAUAGAGUUUUCAAGAUAACGUUUAAAUCCACAUGUAUGAUCUGUCAUGUUGUCUGUCCUCUGUGAGAAUACUUACGUGUAUAGACAUACCAGCUUGGCAGAAUUAAGUGAAACAGCUCAAAAUCCAUCACCUCUCCAAAAAAACAACAUUUCCUUGUUUAGUUUAGUUUUUCUUAACACGAUGUAGCUCAGUUAGAAAUGUCGAAAUGCAGGAGGUUAUACGUGACUGCAAUCCAGUCUUCAAGGGGAGAGGAGGGAUAGUUUGCAUAUUGCCCACACGAGAUGAUGCUUGGAGAUGCAUGUUCGCUGGCAGAGAGGCAAAUGCAACUGAUUGAAAAAAAGUUUUUUCAAAAGAGCUCUCUAUCUGUCGUGCUAAUGGAUUCCUUCCCUUCACAGGAGACGCUCUCCCACCCUUUAUUAAAGCCAUUGCUAGAGGAUCGGAAGAUGGAGCUGAAAACGUCCCUGCCCUUGCGUUUAGGCCUGUUAACUGCAUUUCACCAAAGUGCUGAGGUCUGGCGAACGGCAUGGACAGCCACCCCGGUGUCUGCGGCUCGGCGGAGAAGCGGAGCCACCACUGGAGAAGUUACAAGUUGAUCAUCGACCCGGCGCUGAAGAAGGGCUCGCACAAGCUGUACCGCUACGAUGGACUCACUUUCAACAUGCCCAACCCCGGGAUGGACCCGGUGGACAUGGUCCGGGACCCGAGGAUCGGUCGCCUCUGGACUAAGUACAAAGAGAUGGAUCUACCGGUGCCUAAGUUUAAGAUCGAUGAGUGCUACGUCGGCCCCGUGCCUCCCAAGGAGGUGACAUUCGCGCGGCUCAACGACAACAUCAGGGAAGGAUUUCUCAUGGACAUGUGCAAGAAGUUCGGGGACAUCGAGGAGGUGGAGAUCCUGUACAAUCCGAAGAACAAGAAGCACCUGGGCAUUGCCAAAGUGGUUUUUGAGAGCGUGAAAGCCGCGAAGGUGGCGGUGCUGUCGCUCCACAACACGUCUGUUAUGGGAAACAUCAUCCACGUGGAGCUGGACCCGAAAGGUGAUAAUCGCCUCAGGUACUUCGAGCGCCUGAUGAAUGGCAGCUACAAUCCGAUGACCCUGCCGGUGGGUGGAGAGGAAGCCAGAGACGUUUCCCCUCGUAGCCUGGCUGAGGUGUUACUGGCCUGCGAGCCCAGCCGCAGGUUGUCAGAGAACAGCGUGUCAGCCGGGGGAGCAGCGUUACCACCCAGCAGCUCCUCCACUCCUCUGUCACUGGAUGCAGGCUUCUCCAGCCUAAGGCAGGACACACCCCAGUCCCAGGGAACCCCUGUUACCCCACGCCAGUCAAGUACGCCCUUUUCUCAAGACUCUAAUUACUCCAGUCGGCAGUCCACGCCUGCGUACCAGUCCAGCCGACCUGAGAGCUCCGGAAGCUACAAAUCCCGGAGACACGAGAGUAAGUUCCAAGAUGCGUACAACCGCAGACCAGAGAGGCCUCAGUACCGCAGCAACAUGUACCGAGGUACGGGAUCGGAACCGGCUCUGUUCAAACAGCACCAACUCACCCCACCUGAGCCUCCACCCUCCACCCCGUCUUUCACAGCGCCUCCCCCUUCUACGCCCAACUUCAAGUCCACGUACUCGCCCUACCAGGCUCCGCUGCCCCCUGCGUUCCCCCCGUCAGAGCCUGCUUUCCAUCACCCACCCCAAAGGGAGGGUGAUUACCUCCGACCACCGCAGCCGCCACCACCACCGGCUGACACUGACUUUUUGCCCGGCAAGGAGAGACCAGAAACGCCUCCGAUUCCCGAGCCCCCACCCGAGCCUGCGGCCCAACCGACCACCCCUCCUCCUCCUCAAACGCCAGAACGCUGCCCCUCACCUGGCUCCCCCGCGCUGGAUCCAGAGCGCAAUAGCCUGGACUCCCGCAUUGAGAUGCUCCUCAAAGAGAAACGGACAAAACUUUUGCCUUUCCUCGAGGAACGAGAUUCGGACACUGAGGUGCUAAUGGAGGGAAGUCCGAUUUCCUCCUCGUCCUCUCAGCUAUCCCCAAUUCCCCCUUACGCUGGCGGCUCUCACGGUGGGCUGCAAAACUCCCGUCCCUCUAGCACAGGCUUGGAGGACAUCAGUCCGACCCCGCUGCCGGACUCUGAGGACGAGGAGCCGAUUCCUGGAACGGCCCCUCUGGUCAAGAAAAUCACUUCUCCUGUCCACGAGCAGAUGAGCAACAGUGACCUGCAAGAUGGACAGUUUCGAGGCCACACUCCCACUGAUAACAUGGAAACGUGUCAUCAGUCGUCAGGCGAAGACAUGGAAAUCUCUGACGAUGAGAUGCCUGGGACUCCGAUUAACAGCGGCGAAUGUGACAAGGGCAUCGUUGUCAACUCCGCAGUGUCCCCGAUGCAGACCAUUAGCCUCCAUCCCCCCGGCUUCCCCCCUAUGCAGCACCAGGCCGCCUUCACGAUCCCGCAUCACCAACUGUCCCUUCACGCUGCCGUCCAGGGGCAUCCUGCUCACCUGGCCGGUCAUCCCGGAGUGCCUCACCAUAUGCUUCAACACAUGGGGCCCUACCCUCAUGGCAUGAUGCCACUGGUGCAAAUGGAGCUGAUGAACUGCUUGCGGUGGGAGCAGUGGAGCACGGUGCCCAUGUCGUUCCAGAUGCAGCAGCAGAUGUUGAGUCGCAUGGCUCAGACUAGAAGCCCCUAUCCCUAUCCACACUUUAUGGACAGUGGUGCAUCGGGGCAGUUUGCUGGGCCCUACGCACCUCUGACUCUCGGUGCUACGCCCACCAGCGGCAGUGCAGCGGCACCUGGGCAACAGUGGCAGCAAUCCAGCGUACCAAAGUUCAACCCCACUGUUCCUCCUCCUGGAUACGAGGGCAAAAAGGAGGAUCCACACAAGGCCACUGUCGAUGGCGUGCUACUGGUCAUCGUCAAAGAGCUGAAAGCCAUCAUGAAGAGGGACCUCAACCGCAAAAUGGUAGAGGUGGUGGCUUUCAGAGCUUUUGAUGACUGGUGGGAUAAGAAGGAAAGCUCGGCAAAGGCAUCUUUGACUCCAGUGAAGGGCACAGAGGGGAAAGAAGAAGAAAGACCCAAACCCAAAGAGACCAUUGGUUCGAGUCUGCUGGAGAACUGGAACAAGGGCGAGGGACUGGGCUAUGAGGGAAUGGGCCUGGGAAUCAGUUUGCGUGGAGCCAUCCGUCUUCCCUCCUUCAAGGUGAAAAGGAAGGACCCACCAGAGGCCGCAGCAGCAGGCGACAGUAAACGAGCCCGACCCUCCACUCCAGUCGACGACGAGCUGGAGGAUGAAGACCGGGAUCGAGACCCAGCCGAGCUCCCCUUGGACGAUUCAAAAACGGACAGCGACGGCAUGUCUUCAAAGAGACGGCACUCGCGGCCACUGGAACUGGACAGCGAGGGAGAGGAGGAGGUGGACACGUCAGGGAAGGAGGAGUCGUCGUUGUCGGACAGGGCGGAUGAAGCUGAAGCUACCGACAGGCUGUCGUCAGGCAAAGAGAGUGGUGAUGAAGAGGGUGACGAUGAAGACUCAUCCAGCGAGAGCGCCUCCUCGGAUUCGUCUGAUGAUGAAGCCGAGAGUUCUGCUUCCUCCAAGGUCGGCUCGGACUCCUCGGCAGAGAGCGAAGACUCGUCCGAGAACGAGUUGAGCUCGGAAGAGGAGGAAGAGGAGGAGAAGGAGGAAGUGGAGACAGUAGGUGAAGACGAUGAAGGCAAAGGGGCUGUGACGUCAACGACCUCUUCGUCCUCGUCGUCCUCAUCUUCUGAUGAAGAGGCAGAGGCCAAGCCCCCGAGCCCACCUGCAAGACCUGUCCUAGAAGACAAGGAGGAGAAACGAAGCAAGGAGGUGGUCAGCAGCAAGAUCAAACGCAGACCUCCAAGUCCUGUGGAGGAGAAAGUGGACCUGAAGCCGCCUUCACUUACAGACCCAGUCAAAGAGCGAGACGAUAAAGACGGCAUCAUCCCCGUAGUGAAGUCUGAACCUCAGGAGCCCGUAGCGAACCUUCGGCCGCCCACGCCCACAGGCACGGCGCCAGACAGCGACCAGGAGUCGAAAGCCAAAGGUAAAACAGAGGCCAGGGAAGUAGCCUGCACCCCCGGUCGAUUACUCCCACCCCACUUAGAUCCACCUGUCCCCAAACCCGUCUCCACAUCGUUAAUGCACCUCCCUCUCCCUCCUCACCCUGCGAUCGAAGGUCGCUCCCUCCUUCAUCCACCCCCCGGUCCCCUGCCUGACCUCCCACAGCGGCCCAGGCUCCCCACAGAUGAGGACAUCCCUCGUACACCGGGUAGGGAUCUGAUGGAGCGUGCCCGCAGUCUGGGGAAGUCCCAGAGCACGGACACAGUGCCCAACACACCGGGUAGUGACGCCCCACUUACGGGCAGUAGCCUGUUGCUUAGCUCGCCUCACAUCCCUGGUAGCCCCUUUUCCUACCCCGCUCAGUCCCCUGUCCUCAGUGCUGGAGUCCCCCGCACCCCAGGAAGAGACUUAACCUUCACCCCUGUCUUCCCUGACCCCACAGCACUAACUCUUAAUAGGAAAGUAUCCUCUGAGAGCCUGGAUGAUAGACCAGUUUUUAAGGAGCCGCCCAUUAGUGCACUGCCUAACCAAACCCUGUCCGCUGGCACAGAGCUCUCAGCUAGUGUCCCUGAAGAUCUGCCUGCUGGUCUCACUGUAGACGUCCCUGUGCCAUCAGACACCGCUGCUUCAAAGAAGAAAACUGGACGAACCAAAGGCAAAAAGAUGCCAUCUGCGGCGGACGAGUCUUUGGAGUCCGAGACCACCCCGUUGCCUCAUGAAGCACACCUCAGAGAUCUAUCCACGCAAAUCAAGUCGGCCAAGUCUCCCGACCACCCGAGUCUGGACUUCCGGGAAGGAGACGUCAAGCCUCGGACGGUUCUGCCGGCUGAAGACGGCUUCCUGUCCUACGAGGACGAGGCGCCUGUGGUCGUGAAGCCGCCUCGGAGGGCGCGGCGAGGCUGGGAAGAGCUGCUGCUGAACAGCCUGUCCCCCGUCACCACGCCGCCUCGGCCGUACUUCAAGCGACGCUCUGACUUCGAGGAGAUGACCAUCCUGUACGACAUCUGGAACGAGGGCAUAGACGAGGAGGACAUCCGGCUCCUGCAGAUCACCUACGAGAAGAUGCUCCAGCAGGACAAUGGCAACGACUGGCUCAACGACACACUCUGGGUCGGCCAUCCUUCUACCAACAUCCCUGGAGUGAAGAAGAAGAGGCGAGACGACGGCAUGAGGGAUCACAUGACCGGCUGCGCCCGAAGCGAAGGUUACUACAAGAUCGACAAGAAGGACAAGAUCAAGUAUCUUCAGAGCACGAAGCUGCAGUUGGAGGAGCCGCCGGUCGACACUCAGGGGAUGAGUAUUCCUGCACAGGUCCACGCCUCCACCAGAUCUGGCUCGGAGCGGCGGUCAGAGCAGCGGCGUUUGCUCUCCUCUUUCGCAUGCGACAGUGACCUGCUGAAGUUCAACCAGCUGAAGUUCCGUAAGAAGAGGAUCAAAUUCUGUAGGUCGCACAUCCACGACUGGGGUCUGUUCGCCAUGGAGCCCAUCGCUGCUGAUGAAAUGGUGAUCGAGUACGUCGGACAGAACAUCAGACAGGUGAUCGCGGACAUGCGGGAGAAGCGCUACGAGGAGGAGGGCAUCGGCAGCAGCUACAUGUUCCGCGUCGACCACGAUACCAUCAUAGACGCCACCAAGUGUGGCAACUUCGCCCGUUUCAUCAACCACAGCUGCAAUCCGAACUGUUAUGCGAAGGUCAUCACGGUGGAGGCUCAGAAGAAGAUCGUCAUCUACUCCAGGCAGCCGAUCAACGUCAACGAGGAGAUCACGUACGACUACAAGUUCCCCAUCGAGGACGAGAAGAUCCCCUGUUUGUGUGGGGCAGAGAACUGCAGAGGAACGCUGAAUUAACGUCCGGUCGACGGCAGAAGAAUCUCCUGCAGGGUGGAAAGAGAGAGUGUUCGGGGACCACGCGCAGACUCCACGCCGACUCCCCGUACGAGGAGGAGGAGGUGAAGCAGUGAAGGUUUUGCUUGGGAGCGAAACCUGCCAACGGCCUGGAUGAAGUUUAAGCUACCUGUACGGAACUCUUCACAUAUUUAACUCUAGAUUGUUUACGAAUUAUGGUGCUCUUGAAAUGAAAAAUGCAUAGUUUUUUACGAAUGCCAGUGACCCAGAAUUUACAGAAGACUUGACAUUUCCCCUCCUCCUCUCAGCGAUUUCAGUAUUUCAGCACGGCUCCUUUCCGCUUCGAGUCCUGGUUUGUACAGUUUUACACUUUUUUUUUGGUUUUGUUUUCUUCUCAUUUGUCUCAUAAGCUUUACGUACACCACACGUGAUACAGACUCACACGAUCAGCUGCUUACUAACACUGUUGAGACGCACAAGCCCACCGGGGGAAACCCAGCCUCUCUGUGAGGGGUGGGGGGGGACGUGGUCGCCCCCCGAUCAGGUGGCAGACGGCGGCGUUUCCCAUACUGCAGCAGGCGGGGAAGCCACUGACUGAAACCCCUGCAUUCUCGCUCCUACCUCCUCUGAACCGGUUUUCUCGGAAAAAUUAAUCAAACUGAUGAAAAAGAAAAAAAUCAUGAAAUCCUGCCACAAAAAUCUGGACAUUAUGGGAAAUCUCACCAGCCAAUGACGGAUCGUGCUGCUUCCUGUUGGUUUAUGCAAAAGUUAAAGACGACGUGAUGAAUUUGUAUUAAGGAUAUUCCAGUGUUUUCCAACUUUUGUUCAGAGGGCUUACCUCUGACUUGUUUCCUUCAAAGACACUAUAUUUGUGUUUGUGUGUCUGAGAGUGAGAAUGUGUGUGUCGAGCUUCUGAUUCGAAGUAUUUAUCAUGACAUCUUAUGAGAGUAUGUGAGUGCACUGCCCCCUGUAGGCCACAGCGCAGAAGGCCGACCAAUCAUGGAGCGCAAAAAAAGUCAAAUUAAAAAUCGAACCCAGCGUCCACUGGGCAGCGUCUGGAAAUACUUGUUUUCAGCUUUGGAAGAAAGAGUUUUUUAAGUGCCAUACGAAAGCGUAACUUGCAAGUUGACGUGCAGAAAAGUCACCUGCAGCCGUGGUAACGUGCACAGAGCUGCUGCCUAAUUCUCUCUGUUGGAUGGUGAUGACACUUGUGACUCUACCAGUGUUUAAUGUUUCCCGGUGUUGCCACGAGUCUGCGGACGUCAGAGGGUCGUUCAUUCUUUAUAACGUCAUUAAGAUAUAAAACAGAAUAUCUGUGAAUGCACUUCUGCUUUACGCCCUCUUCAACACGCCCACUCCACCUCCCACUCCCAUCAAGACCAAGUCAGUCAUUGCUUUUCAUUCAGUUUGAUCCAUGAUGGAGAUUUCCUCGUUUGUCUUUUCCAUCGGUGAUGUUUAUAUUGUAUAUGAUUACUUGUACAGAAGAUCUAAAACUUUUUUAUCUUCACAGGGUUAACACUUUUAAGACGCAUCUUUCGCUUUCUCUCUCUUCUUUUUUUAAAACAAAAGACUGAGUAUUUAAAAAACUAUUUUCAGGGAUCAGUUAAAAAGGAAAUCUGAGGGUUUCAAAGGUUGUUUAUUUAAAGACAAGGUCCCCUGUGUACAGGAAACAAAAGUCUCCGGCUCCCUUUUUGAAAGAUUGUUUCUUGUAGAAACGUCUUCAUUUUCUGCCCAUUUUUGCUUUAUAAUCCUGAAAUGUGUAAAUACUGUAACUGUGAAUACGAUAUAAAUAUAUAUAUUUUUGUUCCCUGGGAUUUGCUACGCGAACACAGCUCAGAGGUGGAUGUAACAUAAUAUGGGGCGAGCGCUGAGCUGGUAGCAGGAAAUUCAGCUUGUGUCAAGCUUUGUUUUUUUAUUUUCUGUUGUAAAUUCUAUGAAAAGUUGUUUGCGGUGUGGAGAAAAAAAAGGUGCAGAAUCGGCAUGGGAGGAGGAUUGAAGCAUCGGCUCGUCUCAUGUCUAUUUAUUACACAACAAAUGUAUGAAAAGGAAAAAUAGUGGAAAUAAAGCGAUUUUGCAUACAUCCAUAAA